AAGCAACCAUGUGUUCCACGAUGUCUCCGCAGACUGUGUAAGCGUGAGGUUAGUGGGCAGGAUCGCGAUCAUUUGGACAGACAGAGAAAAGGAGAAAGUGCGCCGAGCUCAGCCGCGGAGGAAAGAGACAUUCAAACCAGGACAGAGCGUUCAGGAUCAUCUCUCCCAGACCCAGAGCCACUGAGAGGUUGUCGUAAACACGCUGUGGAACUUUAAGUCGCCAACUUUUGGUGGUGUCUCAACCUACAACUUCUGACCCUUGGAUGUUUAAAGCUGGCCAAGGUGUAAGGCAGAGUUGAAGGAAUGUAUCCAAGUCGGACCGCGGCGAGCUGGACGGUCGUACUCUUCCUCGGCUUCCUGGAUUUAGUCGCGUCCGGAUCUGACUUUGCCCAAGACCCCAGUGUGGUCGCAGCCCCCUCCUGGAACACGUCUAGUGAUGGGCCAUUUUUCAUUCGCCUCGAGAGUCCCAUGAACAACAUCACCACCUCUCUGGGCCAGACAGCUGAACUGUUCUGUCGGGUGUCUGGCAAUCCACCGCCGACAGUGCGCUGGCUCAAGAAUGACGCGCCUGUGGUACAGGAGCCACGCCGGGUCUCGUACCGGUCGACACCAUAUGGGUCACGUCUUCGCAUCCGUAAUCUGGACACUACAGACACUGGCUACUUCCAAUGUGUCGCAACCAACGCUCAGGGCACAGUUUCUACCACCGGUGUGCUCUUUGUCAAAUUCGAUCCGCUGCCUACGCCUCUACAAGGAAGACCAACGGAGGAUUUUGAUGAGGAGGGGUUUUGCCAGCCAUACAGAGGCAUCGCCUGUGCCCGUUUCAUCGGAAACCGCAGCAUUUUUGUCGACUCUUUGCAGAUGCAGGGUGAGAUAGAGACUCAGAUAACAGCGGCAUUCACCAUGAUCGGAACCUCCAACCAUCUUUCCGAUCGCUGCUCUCAGUUUGCCAUCCCCUCCCUCUGCCACUUUGCCUUCCCAACAUGCGACCGCAGCUCAGGAGCAGACAAACCUCGGGACCUUUGCAAGGAUGAGUGUGAGAUCCUGGAGAAUGACUUAUGCAAAACAGAGUACAUCAUCGCCCGCUCGAACCCGAUUAUACUGAAGAGACUCAAGUUGCCUAACUGUGAGGAUCUGGCCGCCACGGACAGUCUUGAGGCAGCCAACUGUCUGCGUAUAGGCAUCCCCAUGGCGGAGCCUAUUAACAAAAAUCACAAAUGUUACAAUAGCAGUGGCUCAGAGUACCGCGGCACCAUUAGUAUGACUAAGUCAGGCCGUCAGUGUCAACCGUGGAACUCCCAGUAUCCUCAUAGCCACAACUUCAUGGCUGUCCGCUACCCAGAGCUCAAUGGGGGUCAUUCAUACUGCCGCAACCCAGGAAACAAGCACGAGGCCCCAUGGUGCUUCACAUUGGAUGAGGGGGUCCGCAUGGAACUCUGUGACAUACCCAUAUGUGACCAUAAGGAGAAGUCAAGUGGUGGCAACAUGGAGAUCUUGUAUAUUCUGGUUCCGAGUGUGGCCAUCCCGUUGGCCAUUGCCUUGCUCUUCUUCUUCAUUUGCGUGUGCCGCAACAAUCAGAAGUCUGCCAGGCCACCCGCGCCUCGCCAGCCCAAACCAGUCCGAGGGCAAAACGUUGAGAUGUCCAUGCUCACAACAGCGUACAAACCAAAGAGUAAGGCCAAAGAGCUUCCCCUGUCGGCAGUGCGUUUCAUGGAAGAGCUUGGCGAGUGCUCACUGGGGAAGAUAUACAAAGGUCACCUGUACCUGCCGGGCAUGGACCAAGCACAGCUGGUUGCCAUCAAGACCUUGAAGGAUGCCUCCAGUGUCCAACAGUGGAGUGAGUUCCAGAAGGAGGUGGCUGUGCUUACGGAGCUUCAGCAUCCAAACGUGGUGUGCCUCCUGGGUGUGGUCACCCAGGAGCAGCCUGUUUGUUUGCUGUUUGAGUUUCUCCCUCAAGGUGACCUUCACGAGUUCCUCAUCAUGCGUUCGCCGCAUUCUGAUGUGGGCUGCAGCAGUGACGAGGACGGAACCGUUAAAUCCAGCCUGGAUCAUGGCGACUUCCUGCAUAUGGCAAUACAGGUUUCUGCUGGAAUGGAGUACUUAGCCAGUCACUUCUACAUUCAUAAAGACCUUGCAGCGCGGAACAUUCUGGUUGGUGAGCAACUCCAUGUGAAGAUAUCUGACUUGGGACUCUCCCGAGAGAUCUACUCGUCAGACUAUUACUGCAUCCAACCCAAAACCCUUUUUCCGAUUCGCUGGAUGCCUCCCGAGGCCAUCGCCUACGGAAAGUUUACCACAGACUCGGACAUCUGGUCGUUCGGAGUAGUGCUGUGGGAGGUCUUCAGCUACGGUCUGCAGCCUUAUUAUGGUUUUUCGAACCAGGAAGUCAUGGAGAUGGUGAGGAAAAGGCAGCUGCUGCCCUGUCCUGAAGACUGUCCGCCAAGGUUCUACGGUUUAAUGACCGAGUGCUGGCAGGAGGGCCCAGCACGUCGACCUCGCUUCAAGGACAUCCACGGCCGCCUACGAACCUGGGAGGGGCUGUCGUCUCACGCCAGCUCAAGCACUCCCUCUGGUGGCGGAGGCAACGCCACCACCCAGACCACCUCGCUGAGCGCCAGCCCAGUCAGCAACCUGAGCAACCCUCGUUACGCCACUGCCGCUGCUGCGGGUUAUCUCUACCCCGCACAGGGUAUACCUUCACCGGGCCAGAUGGCUCCUAUUCCAACAUGGGCCCCCAUGGCUGUGCCUCAAACACACCCGCGCUUCAUCCCUGUCAAUGGUUACCCAAUUCCACCAGGGUAUGCGGCGUUUCCCGCUCACUUCGCUCCCCCAGCUCCACCUGCACGGGUAAUCCAGCAUCACCUGCCACCUCCUAAAAGCCGCUCACCCAGCAGCGCCAGCGGCUCCACCAGCACGGGUCACGUCAGCGGUGUUCCCUCCACCACGGGCUCAAACCAUGAUGCCAACACGCCGCUGCUGUCACACUGCAUCAUGCCAGGGAACGGUGGAGGCCCGGUGCAAGUAUACGGACAGCUGACACAGAAGUCAGUGGGACAACUGGACCAUACGCAAACAUCAGCGCUGCUCACGCCUGACUCUGACAUGCUGAUGUAUAAUGACGCUGUCAUCACAGCAGACCUGUAGGUAAAAGUAGGGAUAUUCACCGUUCCCCACUUGGGACCGGUUUGAAAGAUAUGGACAAAAAAUUAUCCAUGUGAAGACUGGCCUAUGGGAACGUUUGGGUUGGUGUGCAUUCACUCAUUCACUCAAGGAUCACAGCGAAACUGGAACUCAACACCAGCUGAUUUAGCGAAAGGCGUGGUACUCCCUGGACAAUCGCAGUACAAGUAAAUAUGUGUACUUAUAUCAUACGGUUUCAGUUGUUGUUAUUCUUGCAUUUGUGUAAAUACAGUUUUUAAGGCCUGAAUGAAUGAUUACAUGAAAUGCAAAGUUAUAUUUUCAAAAAAACCUUUAAUAAUGGUGUAAUAGAAGAAAGUCCAUCCAAGUGUGUUUAAAGACUGAAGACUGUAGCAUUAGUGUGACUUUCUUUGCGAUGUAUGUUUGAAAAUUCAUAAAUUUGGUUUCCCAAACUUUGGCCUAAGAAGCAAUAACUGGAAGUGUGCACUGACACCUUCAUGCUCACAUCAACAACAUGCUACAGGUGGGAUUCAGGGUUACCUUUAACAUUGGUUUGUUGCAUUAAGCAAGCAGCUAACAGCAUAUUUAUUAAUCCCCUUUCCCAUUUUAUCACAAAAUCCCUAUGAGAAUGACACCUGAAUGUUUCUACAGUAACAAUUAUGCAGUAGAUAGAUACUGUCAACCUUUUUCUAUGCUACUUUGUCACUUUUUGCCUUGGUACCUGCAAGUAUGGACUCAAAUCAAAUCUGCUAAGGAACCUCCCCAAAAGAUGUCAAUGGCAUCAUCCAUCCAAGACACUGGUCUAUGGUUGCAUCAUUUGUCCUACAUAGCCUUAAACGAUUUUCCCAUCUGUUGUCCCUCAUCAUUACAAAGGAACAUUUGUUUGUUGUAUGUAUAGAUUGGAUAUUAUUUGUAUUGGAGUUUUUUUUCAUGUUUCAAUUUUGAAGGAUACUUUCCUUUUUUUGUUUUCUACUGCCACAUUAAAGAUGUGGGAUGUUGUGCUACCUUUUUGUUAUGAAAUAUGUUGGGGUUUAUGCAUGGAUGAUUAUGGAAUCAACAGAAGAAUGAUAUUACCGGUAUAUUUAAUUAGAAGAAGAAAAAUCAUUUAACCUUAAAAAGGAUUCGUGUUUGUGCUCAGACUUAUAGAAAGACAUUACAUGUGGUCUUAUUUGGACAGCAAUUCGAAUAAUCGCGUUACUUAAAUGCUCUGGUAGGCGUGAGAUGUGUGGUCCUGUCAUCUUUCCCAUGGGUCAGUUGGAAGCACAUGAAUCGCAGAAGCAGAUUCAAAACAUGUGUACUGAACGUUGGUAAAGGUUGACUACCUGUGAAGUAGACAAUCAUUGAAUUGUGUUCCUGUUGUUUUCCUCUCUGAAAUGUUGAAACCAUUUGAGUCUUUUUUUGGUUGGUUUUAUAAUGGCACAAUCAAAGUUAGAAAGUCCGAGAAUUUUUUUUUUUAUACUUUGUAGUGACUAUGCUUCCAUUCGACUCAUUGGCUGCCAGUGGCGGCGAUAGACAAUGUCAGUCACAGCCAAUAAAUUAACAUGAAUCUCUUUUCCCAUGAAGAUUUUGCUGUCCUCAUAUUCUGGUCUAAAUAAUAUAACAGUGUUUUUUUGUUGUUGUUUUAGAUUUUUGACUGUCACGUGUAAAGGAUUCAGACUUUUAAAUGCAGCAAUGCAAAUAUUUACAUAAAUUGUACACAAGACUGUGAAAUUUUAUUCAAAACAAAGUUCUUUUUAUUCGGUGAAACUAUUGUUUUGUAACUUUUUUUAAACGAACGAACCAUAAAAUCAUUGAGUGCCAGUUUGAGGAAGUUUACAUGUUUUUCUUUAUACCAUGAACAAGAGGCCUAUUGUUUAUAUGAAUAUUUUUGCACAGGCGUUUUGUAUUGCAGUCUUUUAUUAAAUGAU